AUGCAAAAACUAUUUUUAGUUUUCUUUCCCAGCUGUUUGUCUCAUGACACUGAUAGCGAUAGGAUCGAGGACCUGCUGAUGAUCAUGGCACGCGCACACGCACGCCAUGCUCCAUCUAGUCGCCUGCCACUUUCGCUCGCGGCAUUCGUCGUGGCGACGAUGCUUUGCGACUGGCCGUGCGAUUUGUCCAGCAAGACUGCAUCGACGGUCGUGAGCGCUCUGGAAGGGGCGGCGGGAAUGGAGCACGCCAUGUCGUUGUAUAGGUUCCCCCUCUCUAUCCUUGCUCGCUCUCCCUCCCCCUUCCCUUCCCCUCUCCCUCCCCAUUCGCCUCCCCCAUCCCCCCCCCUCUCUCCCUUCACUCAAACACACCCGCAGGCGUGGGCGGACGCCUACGGGCUCUCCGCCGACUCGCUGCUUCCGCCCUCGCCCCUCUCCCUUCCGCCCUCCCUCCCCCCCGCCCCUCAUCUCGAGGACUGCGCCGCGCUCACAGCGCUGCGCCAGCAGGCGGAGCAGCGGGGGGAAAGGGGAGAACUUCCACCAUGGGCGGACCCACAGCCCGCUCAAGAAGGAGUGCGAGGGGCGCAAGAGGGAGGGGCGCAGGGGGAAGUGGGGUUGGCGUGCUGCAAGCGCGCAGCCUCUGGGGAGGCAAGCGGCGAGUUCAAGGCGUCACUGACGGUUGGCGCUGAAGCAGGCGCCUCCGCCUCUCCUCCGCUCCCUACAUGCUGCACGUGUGUGCCCCAGCCGCCCUGGGUGCUUCGCAUCGGUAGACAGUGCAGUGAGAAUUGGAGCGGUGCAGAGGGGUGUGUGCAAAUGACAGCUCUUCGCUCCUCUUCUCGUCUACUGCUUUUCCCCUCGUCUCCUCGUCUUCUUGUGUACUCAUCUCCUCAUUUCUUCGUGUCCGGCGCCCUUGGCCUGGGCGUCACAUGGGCAGGUGCGAGGGGCGGACAGUGA